AUGAUAUGCAAACGCAAAGGCGGCCCGGCGAGCAGAGGGAACCUGCAGAGGGCGGUUUCUCUCCUCUUUUCCUGUCCCACCCAUUCGGCCGGUCCGCCCACCCCCACUCGCCGGCCGCUGCAGCUAAGUCUGCGCGUCUCUCCUCGGCUUCCUGCACACGGUGUCCCUCGGUGGGUCUGCGCGAAUCUCUACGGUUCCCGCCCCAGUCGAGUUCAAAAGGACGCGCUGAGUGGCGCUGGCCCUUCCCCGGCAGCCCGUCCGACUGGAACUGAAACCAAGAGCGGCCAGAGCUCGGCCCUGGGCUGGAGCCUCCUGUUGCGGCAGCUGGGCCACCCUCGGAGCGCAGGGAGCCCUCCGCCUGCAGAUCUGCUCAUUCCUCAAGGUGCCCAUCCACUUGCUGCAAUGACUAGCUUCCCAACCACGCCUUCUCCAAGAGAACUGACCACCCCAAUUCAGCGGGUCACGGAGACCCUGUCCCCAGAUGCUGAAGCCAGCACAGCACUCAUUGCAGUUGUCAUCACCGUGGUCUUCCUCACCCUGCUCUCAGUUGUGGUCUUGAUCUUCUUUUACCUGUACAAGAACAAAGGCAGCUACGUCACCUACGAACCUGCAGAAGGAGAGCCCAGCACCAUCCUUCAGAUGGAGAGUGACUCAGCCAAGGGCAGGGAGAAGGAGGAAUAUUUCAUCUAAUGAUUCCCAGACCCCAAGGAGCUUAUCCGGGCUCCAGUAUUAACACACUAUUUAUUAGGUGAAACUUUUAUCUGAAAGCAGUGAGCAGCGUUGAUUGAUAUGGGCAAGCCUGAGCUCCUUCCAGGAGGAGGCCCAAAUCCAACAUCACCGACACCAGGAACCAAGGACAUAGAGAAAGCUACUUAUGAUGUCUUUAGCCAGGCCUCUGUAAUACAGCGGUGCUUGUGACUGACCAACAAGGUGGAGCUAUACCAGGCAACAUUUGAGUAUGUGCCCAGCUAUCUUCAGUUUUUUCCACAGGUCAAAGGGGAGAAGAGAGGUAGGGUCACUAGCUGCUCCUCUGUACCCUGCCUGGUCACCUAGCGACAGCCCCUGUGGAGGUAGUGUCCAUAGUUCUUCCCAGAGGCUGGAUACCAGAGUAAAAGGCCAGGCCAGGAGGGGUGGGAGACUAUAUAGAGUCCCUACCUCCUGAUGGCUCUGCAACACCCCUUAAUCUGAGCCCUUCCUUUCCAUAUUCCCCAACGUCAAACUUAAUGCUAUUUUUAUCAGAAUUAAAAUU